AAAUUUGUGUUUUAACUUUCCAGCAAAGGAGAUGUUCUUCUUAUAAGAGGUGGUAUGAGAGCUGUGGAGUUCAAAGUAGUGGAAACAGAUCCAAGUCCUUUCUGUGUGGUAUCAACCGACACUACUAUUCACUAUGAGGGAGAAGCUAUCAAGAGAGAGGAUGAAGAGGAAUCUUUAAAUGAGGUUGGUUAUGAUGACAUUGGUGGAUGCAGGAAACAACUUGCACAGAUCAAGGAGAUGGUGGAACUUCCUCUUCGUCAUCCACAACUGUUUAAAGCUAUUGGUAUCAAACCACCAAGGGGUAUUCUGUUGUAUGGUCCACCAGGCACAGGAAAAACUCUGAUCGCUCGUGCUGUUGCAAAUGAAACUGGUGCUUUCUUCUUUCUUAUCAAUGGUCCGGAGAUCAUGAGUAAGUUGGCUGGUGAGUCGGAGUCCAACCUCCGAAGAGCAUUUGAAGAGGCGGAGAAGAACGCUCCUGCUAUUAUCUUCAUUGAUGAACUGGAUGCUAUUGCUCCCAAACGAGACAAAGUAUGUAUGAGUCAAUAA